UUAAUAGAAUGACCAUGACAAUGUCACUUCUGGUGAUUUACAAAAAUACAUUCUACUUCAAUAUUUAAUUAUGUUGACACCAUCUGAAAUAUAACUGAUACGGGCCACUGCACUGUAGGGAGAUGAGCAAGUUGUGGCUGUACGCUCAUGGCUCUCAUUCAAACCACUGCUCGCUCUGUUUGUUACAAAUAUAUAUGUUGUAACUUGCCAUUUUUUUAUUAAGUUAAGUCUAACUUUCAAUACCUUCCUAUCCAUUUGAGCUACAGACCUACAAACAGGUGUGGUGGUUGUCUAUACCUCUCGUAUGAAAGGUAGAGCUUGUUGCAGACAAAAUGCUGUGUGUGAUGACGUAGUGCACAUAAUAAGAACUUUUGCAGCUAAAUUCCUGUGUACCGAAUAAAAAAUAAAAGUUAAAUGGGUUUCCAUCGCAAAACCAUCAACUCUACUGAUGGUUUUGUUACAAAAUGUUGCAUUAUAGAGCGAAUGUGUCCACUCUGGCGCUUUAGUCAACAGCUCGCAGACAUAGUGUGGGUAUAGCCUACAUGAUGAAAUUAUUAUGGACAAAAUAGCAACAAUAUUUUUAUUUGUCAAACGGCAGCCAAGCAUCAAUCAUCAUGUCACCAGAAUAAGACCCUUGAUAGUUAUUGGAAAGGAGCAUCAAGCUCAUCACCGUGCACUUUCAUCACUCUGUGAAAUUUAUCAUAACUUACUGUAUUUCAUCUGUAGCAUAAUAAACGGCAUGCUUUCCCAAGUCGUAGUAGGAGGACCACGCACCAUAUCAUCAUAUGACUCCAAGUUUAUUUCGAUAUGAUGGUUAUUUUAGAAAUAUUUGCAGGUAAAAGCAUUUCCACUGCCAUUUCUCGCAUAAUUCAUUUUACAGACACAAAAAGGUCCCACCUUGUCUAGCGUAUUUUGUUUUGUCAACAUUUGGAAGGUUUACUGAGAAAUUACAGUAGCUGUUUCCAUCAGGCCUAUCAUGACUUUUAUGUCAUGGCACAAUGUCGUAGGCACAUUACCCAAUCAACCCCUAGAACCCAUGCCCUAUGCACUUGUGGAGAUUAAAGCUUGUGAAGAUUGGUAUACAGAUGUAGGAUCUGAAUUUGAGCCAGUUUACUACAGCAGGAAAAUAAUCUUGCAGCAACAGGUAAUGUGAAUUAUUAUGUGUAUUAUAAUAACUGGAUAUUUUUUAGUAGGGGUUGAUACAUUUUUCUUUAGGGCAAAUCAAGCCUGACAUUUUAAAGUGGAAAUUACACAUUUUAGAAGCCUUUUUAAACUUUGAAUACACUACACGUUUGCGUUUCCUGCUGUGCAGGAAAAUUGUUAGCCACAAAUGAGUGAUCAAAUUAAGAUCUACAUCUGUAAGCAGUUUGUUUAAACUUCCAAUUAGCCUAUAAGAGGGCAAGUUGGAUCUAUUGCCAUAUUACUUACACCUGUCAAAUCCACUCAGAUCUCCACAAGUGCAUAGGGUGUAUGGGAUUUAGGAUUGGGCUGUAUACCACUUACAGGAACAUUUGGUGUGUAAUACCACAUUUCUAACCAUAUAGGAUAGGCGACACAGUUCAUUUCAUGCAGAGACAAGCCAGCAUUUGGGGUGAAGGGAUUUAAUAUUGCAGAGUGGUAAUCAAGUUAUCAAAUUUUAUUUGUCACAUACACAUGGUUAGCAGAUGUUAAUGCGAGUGUAGCGAAAUGCUUGUGCUUCUAGUUCCGACAAUGCAGUAAUAACCAACGAGUAAUCUAAACUAACAAUUUCACAACAACUACCUUAUACACACAAGUGUAAAGGGAUGAAGAAUAUGUACAUAAAAAUACAUUACCUUAAAUUUUGAAGUGUUAGUUUUCAAAUGUGGAAAGAAGUGAAAGGCGCUCAACCAAUGUGAGUAAAGGUGCAAAACAAUUAUUAGAUCAGCAUAGAAAACUAAAGGCGCAAAAGCUUGCUCACUACAAAAAUAUUUUUAUUUCGGGCUUAAUAAAUGGCUUUCAUCAAAACAAUGACACAGAUGGAAUGGGCAAGUACAUACAAGUACAAAGUGUGACCAAUUUGGGUUUUAUUUUGGGAGCGCUGUGCGAAAAAAUCCAAUAAAAAAUUAAAUGCGUAACAAGAUUUUUCUGCAACACUCUUCUCUACAUGGCUCAAACAAGACAGGCUGAAACCUCACCUGUCACUCAACAGGCAGGUAGCACACGGACAGUUUCUACACACUGCCUGUUUCUCUCAGCAUGCACUCAACAGAUUCUUCCAAAGCAGCAACGAUACUGUUUUCCAUGUUGCAUCAAAAUAUGAAUCCACAUGUUUUCUCUAUUAUAAUAUUAGUUUGUUUAUCUUGCUCUUUGCAAAACGAAAGUUAGUUAGUCUAAGGAAGCCGGUAUGUGCCUAAAGCUAAUCGCUAACUAGCUAGCUGGCUAGCUAAAUACCCUUUAGCCAAAUGCACUAGCUAAGGCAAAGCAAACGUUAGCUCUUGUACAGGUUGCUACCAGUGAUGGUCUAUAUCAGCAUGUUGUUUGUGCAAUGACAUGUUCUUAAUCAGAUAGCCUAUUCUAAAAUAUUUGUCUAAAUGUAACAUCUAUGCAUCUAUUCAAAUGCUAUUAAGGUCCCCUGAGAAACAAUGACCAGCACUUUGAUUCCUCCCCUGUCAUUAGUCCUACCUGUUCAUUUGUUGUCAUGCCAAACAACACCAACCAUAGAAUUCGAAUAAUAAUUAUAUGUCUAUGAUUCCAGCAGUUCACCCAAGUGUUUUGAUCUAUAUCGCAAGUCAAAUUGCAAUAUAUUGUUGAAAAAUCACAAUUCGAUUUUUUCCCCCAUAUUGCCUAACAACCUGGUUGCCUUACCAUUAUGCAAGCAUUUGGUGGCACAGAAAGACAGGGAAAAGGAUAUAUUCUUCAAGAGAUGUGCUGCUAAAGCAAGUAGGAUUCAUAUAGGCCAAUGUAGGCUAUAUCUCAAUCAAUUAAAAAUAUAUAUUUGUCUGGUGCUCCUAAAAUGUUUAUGUUAGGAGCACCAGUGCUACCAAUGGACAUUCAUUUCGAGCCAUGAGAACAUAGGUCAUUGGGAUAAGGGAAGACAAUGAGCAAGGAAAUUAUUCAACCAGCAGUGCCAAUGAGAGGUGUGGCUGUCAAUUCAAGUAGGUCCACAGGGUAAGAGGUACCGUGGUCAAUGGCUCCACCUAGUGGAAUAUAUGUUAAAUAUGCGCUAUAUUGAAAAUAAUUUAAACCAUCUGGAUAUAGAGCUACGGAAAAUGAUCUGUAUGUGAACAAAUAAUCCCAACUGUAAUAGCAUAAAUAUUUGCAAAAAAAUACAACGGUAGGAAGUUGGAAAAAAUGAAAGGUGUACCUUUUCAUAAGAGCGCUAAAUUAACCCACCACACUUGUUUGUAGAUCUGUAACUCAUAUGGAUCGUGAGUUAUUGAAAAUAAAACCCAUAACUGGAAAUACACAUAUAAAAUCAGUGCAAUGGAAAAUGGAGAUUGUAAUGGGUGGACUAUGGAUGAGGGAGGUCUGUGACCAAACAUCAAGGGGGUUUACAGGUAUAUGUAAUUUGGAUAAUAAAGUAUUGAAAAUUAGAUAUGUACUUGAACAAAUAACCCCAGCUGUAAUAGGAUAAAUAUUUGUAGAAAAUCAAAGGGGAGGAAUGUAGAAAAAAUAAAAGGUGUACCUUUCAUAAGAGAGGCAAAGGAACCCAAUGCCCUUGUCUGUAGUUCUGUUGUUUAUAUGGAUAGGAAGGUAUUGCAAUUUAGACCUGUAACAAGAAAUGCCUAUAAAAUCAGAGAAGUGGUGAUCUGGAAAUAUUAUUAAUAUAGUAUGGAUGAGGGGGUCAGUGACUUCACAUGGAUAGGAAGCUUCAAAUAUAGCACCCUUAGUAAGAGAGGUAACUAAUUAAAUGGUGCCUUCAGCGACUGGAGGCCCUAUGCAGUGUGUGUAAUCUUCAUAUAGGUCUAACCCUCCUGAAUGGGAACGAAUCCCCUUUUUUUGUUGCCUACACACAAUCACCAUUAUUGCACUUUUGUGACGGUCCCUAAACCACGGAGCGCAAGAAAACAGUAUAUUGCCUCCUUUUUGGCUCUGUUAAGGGAAGAUUUCGACUACCGGUAAAAACAAAAGAUGUACCUUGCUCUCUACCAUAAUCUGAUUCUAGAUAUAUCACUCUCAUCAUCCUAGGACCUUCUAUCGGAGAGCUAUUGACGAGCAAACUCUGAAUAUAACAAAUUUACUGCUGUCUAUUGAUAACGGAGGACUGUUUCGACCUUUCUUUCGCUAAAUAAGGUUUAACUAAUGCCAUACUUAAAAAAUAAAAAAGUGUUUACUUAGAGUUAAAAGAACUGUGGACUUUGACCCGUGUCAGAACAGCAGCAGCAACAUUCACAGGAAACAAAACAGCUGCGAGGACAAUCUUUGUGGAGUUGCAAAUUGGUUUGUUGUCGCUGUCCAUGGUGCUGAUGUUCCAGGAAUGGUGGAGACGCUAAGUAUCGCCGUUAUCGGAGCUCCCGGAGUCGGGAAAACUUCCAUAAUCCGUCAAUUUAUUCAUAAUGACUUCUCAGAGGUUUACACUCCAACCAGAGACAGGUAUGUGUACAGACCCUCUGUAAUUUUGAACGGUAACAUGUACGACCUGAAGAUUUUGGAUGUCCCGCCAAUUUCGUCGUUCCCCUCCAGCUCGAGCCAGGAGUGGCUGGACCUGCGUUGCAGAGGGGUGCGUAAUGCCAAUGCUUACAUCCUGGUCUAUGACAUAUGCUGUGUGGAGAGCUUUGAGUAUGUCAAGAUGAUCCGCCAGCAGAUCGUGGAGCACAGGGAGGGCAGCAGCAGUGAGGUUCCCAUCCUGGUAGUGGGAAGUAAGAGGGACCUGCAGCGCCAGCGCUUCACCCCUCGCAGGGCUGUCUCUGUACUCGUCAAGAAGACCUGGAAGUGUGGCUAUGUGGAGUGCUCUGCCAAGUUCAACUGGCACGUGGUCCUGCUCUUCAAAGAGCUGCUGGGCAUCGCUGUGGCACGCGGCAUGAAACAUAACCACACCCCAGGGAUCCGCCUACAAGGGGCGCUGCAGAGGAACCGCUGCGCCGUCAUGUGACCCAGUGGACUCCCCCCGGUGUAGGUUGAAGUUGCCCCUAGGCACUAAUUUGGUGUCAGUUUCACUUUCCCCCCAGUGAUGGCUAAGGUUAGGGUUGAGAAAGGGGAACAUGAUCCUAGAUCUAUACCUAAGGGAGACUUCACCCCGGAACAGUUCCUCCUCACCUAUGUCAGAGCCAUAAGAGCCUCACAGUCACACCUCAGGGAGAAUAAUAGGUAUAUGGAGAAGAUGACUUCAAUGUAAACGGCUGGAAAACACACCGAGGCCUCCUGCUUUACAGAGCUGAUUUUCUUAUGAGGUUUAUGUGACUACUGCGCUGUAGCUACUAGGACUGACCUUUGGCCCAGUAUAAGAAGUAUAUCUUUAUCACCUAUCAGAACACUCCAGUUCUGUCUCAAUGUUCCUAUUGAGAGAAAGGAAGAAGAGGAAGAGGAUGAAGAAGAGGGUUUGUUUAUGGAUUUAGAGAAGUCGAGCAGCUACUUCACUUCCAUAGCUCUGGUCAAAGUUACACACACAAUUAUCACCACACCACCAGGUGUGGUACUGAGCUCCCCAGAUCACAAGGCAACAGCUCCUCAUACUGAUGGUUAUCUGCUGGUUUGAGAGCUUGGGGGACUGUGUGCAUCUAGUGGAAAUAGGUACCAUUACUAACAUGACUGGAUAUUUUCUCUCCAUAUUAGCUUAUACAUGUGAAGGAAUGCAACUUCUUUAAAAGUCUUCCUUUUUCAAACCGUGUGUCGUAGUGUCAUGUGAGGUAGAUAAAUGCCCUAGCUGUCGUACUUGAAAUUGCAUUAUUCUAAUGGCGAUAGAUGUAGAGUAGGAAAGCCUAGGUUAGAGGGGGAGUGUGGUAACUGGUAAACAUAGGUGAGUCAACAAGAUGGAUGGCCUACUCUUGGUUUACCACAUGCACAUCCUAUGUGCAGAAUAAUACGAAAUGCUCCGAGGCCAGGUUGAGUGGUACUGUAGCAGGACCAGAAACCCUUCUUUUUUUUUAUUUUUAAUUUUAAUUUUUAUCCCCUUUUCUCCCCAAUUUUCGUGGUAUCCAAUCGCUAGUAAUUACUAUCUUGUCUCAUCGCUACAACUCCCGUACGGGCUCGGGAGAGACGAAGGUCGAAAGUCAUGCGUCCUCCGAUGCACAACCCAACCAGCCGUACUGCUUCUUAACACAGUGUGCCUCCAACCCGGAAGCCAGCCGCACCAAUGUGUCGGAGGAAACACCGUGCACCUGGCCCCCUUGGCUAGCAAGCACUGCGCCCAGCCCGCCACAGGAGUCGCUGGAGCGCGAUGAGACAAGGAAAUCCCUACCGGCCAAACCCUCCCUAACCCGGACGACGCUAGCCCAAUUGUGCGUCGCCCCACGGACCUCCCGGUCGUGGCCGGCUGCGACAGAGCCUGGGGGCGAACCCAGAGACUCUGGUGGCGCAGUUAGCACUGCGAUGCAGUGCCCUAGACCACUGCGCCACCCGGGAGGCCAGAAACCCUUCUUAAGACAAUAUAGUCCUCCAAAACGCACACACUAAGCAGUUAACCAUUUGAUGUCUUGCAGGUCACUUUUUUCAAGAAUUUAACAAACACUCACUAAUCACAGGAGGCUGCUGAGGGGAGAACGGUUCAUAAUAAUGUCUGGAAAGGAGUAAAUGGAAUGUUAUCAAACACAUGGAAACCAUGUGUUUGAUGUAUUUGAUACCAUUCCACUUAUUGUCACUGAUUGUGAUUGUUAUGAAAUUGUAGUACUGUCACUCCCUCUUCUCAUUUAAAGUAUAUUGUUUAGAGGAGGAUGUGAGGUUCUCUUGCAGCAAAAAACACUGCAGUCGUUAAUCCGCUACCUCCCCCCCUCCCUCCCUCCCUCCCUACCUCCCUCUCCUCGUCCUUUAGCUGUGUGUUUCUGAUGAAUACAUUAUAUCCAUGGUGCUCUGGGGCCUGCAAGGCGCUCUGGUGCAACCUGAAGAGGCAGUGGUAUAGACAUUAAAUGUGAGGCGGGGAUAGUGGGUAGGGGGUGUUUUUUUGGAGAAUACGUGGGAUGAUUUUGAAAUGCUUGUCAUGUUAUGCACAGGUUGAUGGGCAGGGUUAGUGAAACAGAAUGACAAUGGAAGAAGAGAGAGGUAGUGACUUUGUUGUGGGGAGCAAUAAGCUGCAGAGCACCUUGACCAGCCUGACAAGCUGUCUCCAACCACAGACAUCCUGCACUAAACUAGAACACCUCACAUAGAAUGUAUAAAACCUCCCUCCUCUUGGAUAUACCCAGACCACACACAAGGUAGGAGACACCCAUAGCAUACUAUGUAUUGGCAUCCUACCACUCAAACACGCAUAAUACUUUCUGGAAAUUUCAAAGCAAUGUCUGAAUUGUGCAAUAUAUUUUUAAUGUUUGAGAAUGUGGUAAAAAUGUGCCCUAUGAUUACAGACACCCUGUGACAAUGUUUGCACUGAAAAUGAGUACCUGUACUGUAUAUACGUACGUGCAUCAUUGAUUUGCAUGCUUUUGCUGCCAAGCCUGCAGGUCAGAGUUUAAUUGCACUGGUGUAAUUAUGUGUAGCUGUAAUUUAUUUACCUGUGUGUACACUAUCUAUACAAAAGUAUGUGGACAUCCCUUCAAAUUAGUGGAUUUGGCUAUUUCAGCCACACCCAUUGCUGACAGGUGUAUAAAAUCGAGCACACCGCCAUGCAAUCUCCAUUGACAAACACUGGCAGUAGAAUUGCCUUACUGAAGAGCUCAGUGAUUUUCAACGUGGCACCGUCAUAGGAUGCCACCUUUCCAACAAGUCAGUUCAUCAAAUUUCUGCCCUGCUAGAGCUGCCCCAUAUGUAAUGCCAAGGAGUGUUGUAAAGCUCGCCACCAUUGAACUCUGGAGCAAUGGAAACGUGUUCUCUGGAGUGAUGAAUCACCCUUCACCGUCUGGCAGUCCGAUGGACAAAUAUGGCUUUGGCGGAUGCCAAGAGAACGCUACCUGCCCCAAUGCAUAGUGUCAACUGUAAAGUUUUGUGGAGGAGGAAUAAUGGUCUGGGGCUGUUUUUCAUGGUUCGGGCUAGGCCCCUUAGUUCAAGUGAAGGGAAAUCUUAAUGCCAAAGCAUACAAUGACAUUGUAGACAAUUCUGUGCUUCCAACUUUGUGGCCCUUUCCUGUUUCAGCAUGGCAAUGCACCCAUCCACAAAGUGACGUCCAUAAAGAUAUAGUUUAUCGAGAUCGGUGUAGAAGAACUUGACCGGCCUGCACAGAGCCCUGACCUCAACCCCAUCGAAAACCUUAGGGAUGAAAUGGAACGCCGACUGCGAACCAGGCGUAAUCGCCCAACAUCAGUGCUCGACCUCAUUAAUGCUCUUGUGGCUGAAUGGAAGUAUGUCCCAACAGCAAUGUUCCAACAUCUAGUAGAAAGCCUUCCCAGAAGAGUGGAGGCUUUUAUAGCAGCAAAUGGGGGACUUUGAAUUAGAUUUUGAACGAGCAGUUGUCCACAUACUUUUGGUCAUGUAGUGUAUAUGGUUAUUAUCAGAGACAGUCAAAAUCAGCUGAGAGAUGUGUGUGUGUGUGUGUGUGUGUGUGUGUGUGUGUGUGUGUGUGUGUGUGUGUGUUACAUACCUCAGCAGCUGCAUGUAGGCUCAGUUUUUCUGAAAUUAUAUUUAAAUGGUUUAGGCCUUUAUAUUAGGACUGGGCGCUGUGUUUAUUUUUAUUUUUAAAGAAAGUUUAUGUAGCAUCUGUAUGAGAUUCUAUGGAGAUAGCAAUGGUUGUUUCUUGAGUUUGUAGCAUGAGUGUCCACCCAUUUAAACUAGACUGUUUGUGUGAGUGUGUCGUAUACAACAUGAAGGGCUACAUUUCUCUAACAGAAACAUCACUUGUAUUUAUUUUUUAAUAGUACGUGUUAGAUGUUUUGUUUUUGACUAUGGUAAAAUAAAAUCUGUUUUGCACAAUAA